CCGCGACCUCGCAAGGACCACAUACCACAGGUUGUCGUGAGUGACCAUCACCAUCAUGUCGUGGUGGGUGUGGUGCGCCGCCGCCGCGCUCUGCGCCUGCGCGGUCGCCGAAGAAAAGCGCGCUGAAAUGUCCCCCCUCCCCUUCGUGCUCGGAUCACGCUACGGCCGCUCCCCGGGCCCUGCCGGCGCGCAGCGUCUCCUCGCCCCGAGAAAUGACAGGUUCUUCAUGGGCAGCCGCUACGGCAAACGCUCGGAGCCGGACACCGCAGGGCCAGGCACGACACACGUGCGUGCGCUGCUCUGCGAGUACACGGGGGUGCCGCAGCUGUACCGCUGCGAAGGCGCGCCGCCUCUUGUAGAAACGACGAGGAGAGGCUCUGACGAGGGCGUAGAAGACUAAUCCCCCUGCCGACCCCGCUCCCCGCACCUCCCGCGACCAUUCUGCUGUCUCACUCCUACACGUCAGAACUAAUCAGCGGACUCCCUCACACCUCAACGUAUCAUGUCUCAAAUGAGUCCACAGAUCUUCAUACACUUUGGACGCUUCUGUAGGCGCAAUGUUACUAGUGGCAUGUCAACUACUCAAAAUGUACCUGACGAGGUUGUCAAUUAAUCGAAUCCAGGAGUCUCCAAAAUCCAUCCCGUGGAAAAUGCUAAUUCCAUAAAAUCCGGACCGCAAAAAUGGCAACAUGGCCCACGGGUCAAAAACCUUGGAGACCUCGGAAUUCAAAUCCAUGGAAUCCGAAUGCUUGUGAUACCUCGCGAAGAUAGAUUUUUUAAAAAGAGAAUUAUUGACUAUAUCAUUAUUAGUAUAACAGUAAAGUACACCUUUGGGUUUGGUGACCCAUGAGGGUUUGUUCACCCGAGAUAUCAAGUGGAUCUGGCAGAUGGUGGCGGAAGGAAUGCGACUGGUGGCUCCUGGAGUGAUCUGCGCUAGGAUAAUUUAUAUUAGAUGAUAACCCCCUUCUGAACCCUUAUCCCUGGUGUUGCUAAGCGCUCGCUUUCUCAAUUAUAAAAAAGUAUAAACUGUAAAGGAAUUCUCAUACCGAUUAUAACUGUCGUAUAAACUAAAGACUACAGAUUUUCUACA